UUAGAUUGGAUCAGUUCGUCUUUACCGAGCGUUGCCUCGAAAAUGAUCUUGAAGUUUUGUUGUGUCUUCUCCAUCUUGCUGUUCGGUGUAGUGUCGGGUAUUGCAAUCGCCGAAGACCAUGCCGAAAAACCGUCAGAAACCGCGAGAAUGUUUUCGAAAAACUGUAACUCGGCCUAUUCCUUUACCUGUCUCAAACUAGACAUCGUAUCGUGGGUGGACAAGUUAAACGAAAACGACGACUACAGUGUCGUUCCUGGUGUUUCCAUAGUAAAAGAAAACAACAUUAAUUCCACAAACACAGCAGAUUUAGUCGCUCAACUCGGUAGAGAGUUCCCAGACGAUCCAGAAGCCAGACUCGACGCAUUCCUCUUGAAAAAAGUCUCAGGAUUUGUCAACAACCAUUCAAUUAAACUCAAGCUUUGGAGCGAUGAAAAAACAAACGCUGCUUCGGCUCGUAAAGGCGGUGGUGGAGGAGGCGGAGGUGGCGGUGGAAAAGGUGGUGGAGGAGGUAUGGGAUAUAUCCUCGCAGCAGGUGCCAUGAUGAAAGGAACCUUAAUGGCACUGGCUCUGGCUGGUUUGGCAGCUUUGGCUGGUAAAGCCCUGAUGGCUGCUAUGGCUGCAUUGUUGCUCUCAGCUAUUUCAGCUCUGAAAGGAGGUGGUGGAGGUGGAAAAACCACUUAUGAAGUUGUAGCAAAGCCCGUUUAUAGCUCGUCUCAUUCUCAUUCGGUGUCUCAUGAGGAUAUCGGUGGUCACGGGCAUUCGAGUUAUGGAAGAAGUUUUGACCAGCCCUUACUCAACGUUCUGCAACCAGGGUUCAAGCCAGCUUAAAAAUAA